UCAUUUUGUCAUUCAGAAAAAUCGUGUUUAUUUUCAGUGCGGUCGUGAGAUAAAUUCGGCUUCUGGAAAAAGUAAAAAUUAAAGGAAAUAAUUGCUGGAAUUGUAUUAUUUCCAUUUGCUUCGUAGAGUGCUAGUGAUUGGGAAAACUAAUAACGUAAAAGUUUGCUAGUUGAAGUAAAAAUCAAGCGCAAAAAAGCCGGUUUAAAAAGCGAAGCUUUGUUGUGCAGCAGCAAGUGUAUGUAAUUUUCGGAUCCUAAUAAGAAGCGGCUGUCAUGGUUCUUCCUCCGAACGGCACAUCCCGUGUUUUCAUUUGCUGAGGGUUUGUUUCUCGCGAGAUUGGUGACGAAAUACAGCGCAGAUCAAAAUAAGAAUGUUUGUUCGACAGGGUUAAAAUUAGGCUGCAGUGUCAGUAAGAUGUAUUCACAAUAUAGGGACAGUAUAUGGAACAAGAUUCGUAUGAAGAACAGUGAAAUGAACAGAAGCUUCAACCGGGACAAGAAUCAUGCGGAGGACAGUGUUGGUUCCGAGUGGGAUUUGAGUCAGAUCGAGUUGCAGGAAGAACGUAGCCCUGAGACCAUUCCAACGAUUGAGUUGGAAGACGACGACGAUGUAGAUGUGGGAAUUUCUCCCCCAAAGGUUCGGGACAUCCCGAUUCGGGUUGAACGAUCCGAAUCGCCACCAGUAGUGCUGGUAAGCUCCCCCACGCCUGUCACACAGAAUGCGGAUAGCAGCAGCAUGGUGCGUCGUCCGUUUCACGACCAUCGGGAUUUUUAUCCGUCGGCCAUCAACAGCAGACCACCGGCACCGGUUAUGGUGCAGAGUCCUCCGCUCAUUUCGACCACCCCGGCCGGGAUCAUUCUGAAUCGGGUUUACCAUAAAAAUCCGACCCCACAGAAGGAUAACUAUUUCAGCUUCAUGGAUACGCCACCGUCGCCGGGAGCACUUCCGGCGUCGGUCAUCUUCGGCGAUCGCCCAGUCAGUUCAGAACCAAAGAUAGUUAUGACCACAAACCACUACGACAGGCGGAUUAUUCGUCGUUCAUUCGACAAGUCCAACGCGACCAACACGGUUUCGUCAACGUCCUCGACGAUCAGCCGUCGCCAGCAGAAAAACAACGGCCCAUACCGUCUGCUGGGAGUGAUCGAUCUGGAACCGGACACUGAAUCGGGAACCACAGAAUCAGUGGUGGUCAGCGGAGAUGAGCGACCGACCUCGACGGACUCCCAAACUCCGACCAACUCGGCACUACUGGGGGGAGGUUCCUCCAUCGGUACAGCUCAAUCGGUGGAAGACGCCGGGGAAAAACCUCUGACGAUAGAGAUCGUCGAAGAUGACAUCCAGGAGGAAGACACUCGGAUGGAAUUAUCCGAAGAUGAAGAGUCAAAUUUGCAGGACAUGGCUGGUGAUCAGCCAAUGGCCGGAACGUCCAAGGAGAGUGAAAGCGCGAAGGAGCCAAUGGAUCAGUGUACUUUAAAGGACUCGGACACCAGUUCGACGGCGCAGAUGAAUCCAUCCUCAAUGGCCAAUUCCUUCUGGGACGUGUCCAGCUCCGGUUGCGUUAAGGGCAGUAAAACCACAUCCUCCACCAGUCGCUCCAACAAGUAUACGGAAUUCGAUGUAAUGCUGGAGAAAAUCAACCAACAGGUGCCGGCCAUGUCCCAGCAAGAUCGCGUUGAGCAUUGGCGCGUAACAAAGGAGGAUCUCCUCUAUUCGAUUCCAACGGUGGCCGAAAUUGAAAGCGGUACUUCGGUGAAACGGCCGAUGGACGAAGCCAUCCACAUUUCUAGCAGCGAGAGCAGUUCCGAUUCGGAAACUAGCGACAGCCCUAGCUUACUCCGGGAGCGCCAGCUGAGAGAAAAGUACAAAAAACGACGAAUGACCGCGGAGUCGACCGGUCACGUGGUUCUGAGCGAGGAAUUGGAUUUUCGGAGGAGCCAACUGAACCCUGAAAUUGAUAAGCACCAGGAAAGCAUGAUUCAAGUUCGAAAGCAUUACUAUAAAUUCCCCACUCGUUUCGAUCCGAAUGCUAAAGAAGAAGACGGUUCCAGUGGAAAAUCGUCCUUCCGAGAUCCAUACGCCAAUUUCUUGCGAGACGAGAAGGAGAAGGACAAAUUUGCCGGCUACUUACGCCGCAAUCCGGCGUAUCGGCCGAGCAUUUUAUCGCGCGGACGCCACCUUCCAAUACACGGCGUCGACGAAAACAAGGUAGCCGUCGUCGUUCUGUCCCCGCUCAAAAUGCAAACAAUGAACGGCGGCGUCGGCGUCGAGAUCGUCCAAAACAAAAACAAUAGCAACUUGGCGUCCAGCCGACAGCAGCAACCCGACCAUCAUCACCCCGAGCGACCAAAAUCAGCUGAUCGAAUCUCGCACUACGGGAAAAGCCGAUCGCGAGGAGCGCACGCACCGGCUGCAGUCGUUGGCAGGAAGCGCCGCUACAAGGUUCACAGUUCACAACUCAAGAAGAAAAAGUCCAUCAUGGUGGUCUCGUCGUCCAAUUUGCGCAGCUACCGGAGCCUGAUCCUGAAGGCCGGUCUACGGAGCGGUACGGUCCGCAAGAAGCAUUCGUUUGUCAAUCUCAAGCAAACGCGUCGCCCCGGUCGCCCCAAGCGAACAGCUGCCGAACCAACACUCAAACCGGAACCGCCGCAGAAAAUUCCUGCGGUGGUGGCCCCUACGCCGGUUCGACGCAAUAGCCGUGUUUCGGUGGACAGUGCCGUCAGCAGUUCCACUUCCGCCGAACGUCAAAAUGCGUCCAGCAAGCACCGCUCAGCGGCGGCAGCAACAGCUACUUCCGGUAGCGCAACACCGGAAGCGGCCAAGUUGCCGCUGCCAAGUCAGUUGCGUACGAUGAAAAAUCCGUUGAACCGUACGAACGGUGAAGUGCAGAUGGCGUACUACGUAGCCGAUAGGAUCAUAGUGGUCCAACAGGAGCUGAUCAGCUUCUGGGAGUGUUCGAAGCUGGCUUCGUUACUGGGACUCCAGCAGGAGCUGCAACUGGCGGGACAGUUGAAGCGCGCGCAAAACGACAUAUCCGUCGAUCCAACCAACUUCAGCCGUCUCGGGUUCAACGAGGACGAGGUAUUCUACCUGGAACCACGAGCUCGCAAUCUGGAUGAGGACGAAGCUCGUUUGUGUCCACUUGCAUCAAUCUACGUCAACUGCUAUUUUGUAGGAGAGAACGAAGAUGGUAAGGAAACUCCAAGUCUUCGAAUGAAAUCUCUCCAGCUGGAUAGCGUCAGGAGUGAAAUUUCCGACAUUUUGUUCACCACGUUGCCACGAUCGCGAUACUUCAUCAUUUGCUGGCACGAGCAGUUGGUGGAAAAUGAACAUCGAACCGGCAUGUGUAAAUACAGUCUAACGCCAGACUUGGAAACCCUCGCCAGUAUCCGAGAGUUUCCCACCGUGACGCAUAAGAUAUCCAGUUUGAAAUGUAUAGAUGAAAGCCGACUGAUCGGGUUGGGCAACACUACCGUUGCCAUUUGGAACUACGAAAAUGGUUGUUUGAUGUUUACGGUAGACUUGAAAGUGGAAAUCCAGACGCCCUUGGCUGCUUUCAUUCAUACUGAAAAUGAUGAUAGCGCUUUAUUCCUCAUUCAACUGUGCCCGUCUGCGGGAGAAAACCUUACUCGCAAAACCAUCAAAAUUUUAGCCAUCAAUAUGAACAAACGGUCCUGGCAUCUGGUGCAGACCUAUGAUGUGCCACUGGAAUCUACCAGCAUCCUGACAGAUUCGUCCACCCUGAACGGGCCCGGACUGCACUGCACCACGUUCCAGAGCGGUGAAUUGCUGGCAAUCAGCCUGGAUGAUCUCAGUACGUGUUUCACCAACCACAAGCAGUUGCAGGGUCCGGACGGUCGGCGCAUCACCCGGGACAUUGUGGCCACGCGGGAGAAAAUAUUCCUGAACGCGGCCAAUGGCCGGCAGUUGGUGCUGGUCAGUGAUAAGUCUAUUAAGCUAAGAACGAUCGAUGAGUAUGCUCUCGCAUGCAGAUAGAGGCGAAUGCGGAGUGAGGUGAGUUGAAUCAGUCAGUCAGCAAAUUGUGCAUAUUUUGGAUGGGUAGCGUUAGGGGAGCCAGAGUGAAUGGAACGAGUUAUAGUAGGUAUUCAUUCAGAUGUCGCGCUUUAGGAUGAGGAGCAUCGUUAGCCUCUUCUUUAUAGAUGUAUACAUUCAGUAGCGAAAACUUUAUUUUGUGUUGUUGAUACUAAUUUUAGCUUUCCAAAUGCAGUCAUUUCGUCAUACGAUUAAUCUCUUCAGUCGUAAGUACUCGAUUGAACAAAUUGUGAGACCUUUCCUAUAGCAAGCCCCCGAUAGAUACUCUAUAUUUCUUGGUUAUUAGUUCCACAAGUUUGUUCAACAUAUGGUAGAGCUUUGUGUUCAACGACGCUUUGGUUCGGCUUGUUCAAACGAUUUAAUAUAUAUUUUUAAAAUGUUCUCCCUGUGUCCGAUCGUGGUGCGCGAUGAACUGAAAAUGAAGAAAACAAACAAUAUUUUAAAUAUUUACUACAAUGUAUUUGAACCCUAUUA